GCGGACGGCAGCAGACGACAGCAGGGUUUGCUGGUGCUGGUCGAGCACAUCCAACUUGGAACUGUCCACCGGCGCGAGCUCCUGAACAUGAGCCUCCUGUCUUUCUACCUGCUCGGAUUGCUCCUUGGUAGCGGGCAAGCUCUACUUCAGGUUACAAUUUCACUCAGCAAAGUUGAGCUCAGUGUGGGUGAAUCCAAGUUCUUCACAUGCACAGCCAUUGGUGAGCCUGACAACAUAGACUGGUACAAUCCCCAAGGAGAGAAGAUCGUUUCUAGUCAAAGAGUGGUUGUUCAGAAAGAAGGUGUUCGAUCACGUCUAACCAUUUAUAAUGCAGAUAUAGAGGAUGCUGGCAUAUAUCGGUGUCAAGCAACAGAUGCUAAAGGACAAACUCAGGAAGCUACUGUUGUUUUGGAAAUUUAUCAGAAGCUCACUUUCCGAGACAUAAUAUCUCCACAAGAGUUCAGGCAGGGGGAAGAUGCAGAAGUUGUUUGUCGUGUUACCAGCUCACCUGCUCCCAUUGUCAGCUGGUUGUAUCGGAAUGAAGAAGUCACAGCUACUGCUGACAAUCGAUUUGCAAUACUAGCAAACAAUAAUCUCCAAAUUCUUAACAUCAAUAAAAGUGAUGAAGGAGUAUACAGAUGUGAAGGAAGAGUGGAAGCCAGAGGAGAAAUUGACUUUCGGGACAUAAUUGUUAUUGUGAAUGUUCCCCCUGUGAUUAUUCUGCUACAGAAAACCUUUAAUGCCACUGCAGAUCGAGGAGAGGCAUUAACUUUGUUUUGCAGAGCCACUGGAUCACCUCCACCUGAAAUCAGUUGGCAUAGGAAUGGUAAAGUUAUUGAAGAAAAUGAAAAAUAUAUGCUGAGAGGACGCAAUACAGAACUAACAAUAAGAGAUAUAAAAAACAUUGAUGCAGGGCCUUAUAUCUGUAAUGCUAAAAACAAAGCAGGAAUUGAUAAAAAGCAGACAUUCCUUCAAGUUUUUGUACAGCCUCAAAUAAUACAACUUAAAAAUGAAACCACUUUUGAGAAUGGGAAAGCCACCCUCAUCUGUGAAGCAGAAGGAGAGCCUAUCCCAGAGAUUACUUGGAAAAGGGCCAUUGAUGGAAUGACUUUUUCUGAAGGUGACAAGAGCCCAGAUGGCCGUAUAGAAGUCAAAGGGCAGCAUGGAAAAUCGUCACUGCAUAUUAAAGAUGUGAAGUUGUCAGAUUCAGGGAGAUAUGACUGUGAAGCUGCAAGUAGAAUUGGUGGGCACCAAAAGAGCAUGUACCUUGAUAUUGAAUAUGCUCCAACAUUUGUGUCAAAUCAAACUAUGUAUUACUCUUGGGAAGGCAAUCCCAUCAAUAUCACCUGUGAAGUGCUAGCAAAUCCAUCUGCUUCAGUUCAGUGGAGAAGAGGAAAACUGGUUUUACCAGUUAAAAAUACAACACAUCUGAAGACCUACAGCACAGGAAGAAAGCUGAUUCUAGAGAUUGCUCCCACAUCUGAUAGUGAUUUUGGACGAUAUAAUUGUACAGCCACAAACAGAAUAGGAUCGAGAUACCAGGAAUAUACCCUUGGUCAAGCUGAUGUACCUUCAAAUCCUUAUGGAGUCCGAGUUUUAGAGUUGUCACAAACCGCUGCCAAAAUUACAUUCAAUAAGCCAGAUUCACAUGGAGGUGUGCCCAUUCAUCAUUACCAAGUGGAUGUAAAGGAGAUAUCUUCAGACACCUGGAAAAUAGUUCGCUCCCAUGGAGUUCAAACAAUGGUCGUUCUCAGCAAUUUGGAGCCAAAUACCACAUACGAAAUCAAAGUAGCUGCUGUAAAUGGAAAAGGGCAAGGAGAGUAUAGUAAAAUAGAGAUCUUCCAGACCUUACCUGUCCGGGAACCAAGCCCCCCUUCAAUUCAUGGACAACCAGGAAGUGGAAAAAGUUUUAAACUUAGCAUAACUAAACAAGAUGAUGGAGGUGCUCCCAUUUUGGAAUAUAUUGUCAAGUACAGAAGUAAAGAUAAAGAAGACCAGUGGCUAGAAAAAAAAGUGCAGGGUAACAGAGAUCACAUCAUCUUAGAACACCUUCAAUGGACCAUGGGUUAUGAAGUACAAAUUACUGCUGCAAACAGACUGGGUUAUUCUGAACCAACGUUGUAUGAAUUCAGCAUGCCACCAAAGCCCAACAUUAUUACAGACACCCUUUUUAAUGGUCUUGGACUUGGUGCUGUCAUCGGCCUGGGAGUGGCAGUCCUGUUGUUAAUCCUGGUUGUGACUGAUGUUAGCUGCUUCUUUGUACGACAAUGUGGACUGUUGAUGUGCAUCACCAGGAGGAUUUGUGGGAAAAAGAGUGGGUCAAGUGGAAAAAAUAAAGAAUUGGAAGAAGGAAAGGCUGCUUACUUGAAAGAUGGAUCAAAAGAGCCCAUAGUGGAAAUGAGAACAGAGGAUGAAAGAAAUACCAAUCAUGAAGAUGGAAGUCCAGUAAAUGAGCCAAAUGAGACAACUCCACUCACAGAACCUGAGAAGCUGCCACUAAAGGAGGAAAAUGUGAAAGAAGCUUUAAGUCCAGAAACCAUAGAAAUCAAAGUUGCUAAUGACAUCAUCCCAGCAAAAGAAGAUGAUAACAAAGCAUAAUAAGAUAAACUACAGUUGUCUGGAUAAUGCAUUUGGAUUGACGUAACCGCGUGACCAAAACUUUACAUCUGACCUUAAUUUCUUGGGAAACUUAAGCUUGGAAUACUUAGUACCUGUGUGCAUAUGAUGAAAUGGUUUUUGUCUACAGUUCUUUUCUAUAUUUUUGUUAAUGGUUUUAGUAUGUAGUUUUGCUGACACCAAGUCCCAUGGUAUAAAUUUGAAAACUCUGCAGAAUAAGGACUGUAAGUUAUUACAUGACAAAGUUUGUCUAUUUAGAAUAGUUACAAAGUGUCUCUAACAACAAACAACAUAUCAGGUCUCUCAAGAUCUUACAGUGCAGGCUACGUACAUAAAGUGGCAUAUACUACUGCAUUGUUUCUCUUUAUAAUCAAACAAAAGUUUAGAUUGUUUAAAACAAACCAGAACAAAACCAAGAAACAAGCCAAUCUCAGUAGAAUGUUGCCUGAGAAACUCAAUAGUAAUUCCAACUGUGGCUAUAACUUGAAACAUACAAAGACAAAAAAGGGUAAAAAAGACACCUUUUGACAUAGAGCCCACUCCACUUGCAGUUUCACCUGCGUUCUUAGGUAAAAUAAAAAUUGAUAACCAUGAUGUACAGAUUUAAAUAAAUUGUCUGAAUAUUUCAUAGCAGUAUAUAUGGCCUCACUCUAGCUCAGUGAGUGUGAUUCAGAAAGCCUCCAGGAUUUUCAGUGCUUCAGAUUUUCAGUGUGAAAGUUUUGGAGAUUGUAUAUGAACUAAAGUGCAGUAAAAGUGUGAAAAGACAAUCGUAAUCUUGGCUUCAAAUGAGAUCUUGCAAUUAACAGAAGCUCAAAUUAUUUGUCCCAGCAUAUUUAUACAUAUAAGAUAUUUGUUCUCCUUUUAGUUCCAAUAAUUCAGUCAAGGAAAAAAAAUGCAUUUUAGUGUAGUAGAUUUUCUCCACAAAUCAGUACAUGAAAUAUUAAAAGCUGACAUUAUUAAAGUAGCACUUACUCCAUGCCAUUUGUCUUAACAAUAAACUCAUUUGAAUAGAUGGAAAUGAUGAUUUUGGCUGAAUAGUUAUGAACAGUUUUAAAUUAUUAAUUAACAUUAUCUUGUAAUAGACCAAAUAUAUUCUUUUCUUGUCGAGCUUUCCUUAAGAUAAUCCUUUUUACUAUUCUGGUUAACAUGCACCACUCUGAAAUGGGACUAAUUUAUUUGAUGCAAAAUUUAUUAUGAUUGAUUUAAUCAUCCAGCUAAUUGGAGUAAUAUAUUUUGUUUCCAUUCCAGUAUAAUUUGUCCAUACUUACCACAUUUCUUCAAAGUCUUGCUUUGGAAGAAGUAUAUAAACUAGACAGUAAACUAGAGUGGAAAAUUCUGCUUGUCAGCAGUACGUUGUGGAGUAUCUUGUGGGUGUCAGUUUCUUCUCCCUAGUAAUAAGUGAUAAUACUAGAGGAAAUGGCCUCAAGUUGCACCAUGAGAGCUUUAGGCUGGAUGUUAAAAGAGACUUCUUCACUGAAAGGAUUCUCAAACACUGGAAGGGGUCCCAAGAGAGGGAGCUGGUUGAAUAACCAUCCCUGGAGGUGUUUAAAAGGCACAUAGAUGUGGUGCUAAGGAAAGUGGUUUAGCACCAGGCUUGAUAGAAUUGGGUAAUAGUUGUACUUGAUGACUUUAAAGAUCUUUUACAACUAAAAUGAUUCUCUGAUUCUGAUUUUGCAUAUCUAAGUCAUAGCUGAGGUUUAAUUGUAGCUUUACUCAGCAAAUGACAUCCUCUCCACACUAUGUCUGAAAUUUACCCAUCUCUGAAGUGCUUAUACUUCCCAGUUUCUCAGAGGAUGUCAUCAACCCUUAGCUGAUAUUUUGUUCUCAUCAGAAAGUGUUUGAUUUCUAUGCAUAAAACUGAAAGUGAAAUGUAAAAGGCUGUCAUUACGUUUGAGGAAAACAGCAGAUGAUAAAGGAUAUAUUUAAUUCAUAGAUCUUUCUUAUUUUUCAAAACCAAAUCACUUUAUGGUUUGGGGGUGGGUUUUUUUGGGUGGUUGUUUUUGAUUGGUUUUUGUUUUUUCAACUUUUCCUUAAUUUUGGAAAUACCUACAAUGAACAAAGUAGUUGGAAGACAGAAGUUGGUGUGGUUAGGGUAAGAGGCCAAGUUCCCACAGAACCAUUACCAAAGGGAAAGGAAUGGGUAAGAAGACAUAGCAAAGUGGGAUGAAAGCCGUGAAGGACACUCAUUUAAAACUUCUGAAAAAAAAAAAAUCUUUAAAUGCUAAGGUACUGCUUUUGGGUGAAGAAAAGAUGCAGACAUGUUCUCUCACUGUUGCUCCCAUGUACUGAGCAGGCAGUACUACCAAACAGUCACUUGUCCAUUAAAUUUCUGUCCUAUUUCAUGAUACACAGUGUGCUGGACUGCCCUUUAACCUAUAAUUAAGAGAAUGAGUUGUGUCACUUACAUGUAUGAAUGUAUAUUUUUUUGCUGUGAAGUAUGUAUCUGUAGCUGUGCUUUCUCCAUCUGCCACAAUGCAGGGAAUGGAGCUGGAAAACUCCUGCAGUUGAAAGUAAUGUGAUUGAUGUGGCUUAAAGAUCCACAGCCCCAUCAUCUCAUUCAGUAUUUUUACCAGGAUGCAGAUUUAGGAAACAUUGCUGCAGAUGUAGGAAACAUUUGCUCCUACCUGUCAUCACAAAGUUAGGUGGUGCCAUGAGCAUUCACAUAACUCCAACUUCACUAGGCAGAUGAUGCUUUUGCUGAAGCCAGAACAAUCAUUUGCACAAAAAGGGUCCUAUACAAUGUGGCAGAGCUAACAGUGUCCAGGCUCAACUGUAGAGGCAUUUCAAAUUGUAAUACUUCUUACCAAGUCUUGCACAAAAACACUUCAGGACUUAUAGCUCUAUUUUCAUUGUUGCUGUUGCUUGUUUUUUCUUUGAUUAGUUGACUUUUUUCCUCCUAGCCUCUAAUUACAAUAUAAAGACAUUGGAGAAUUUAAGAGGUCUUGUCAGCACAUAUAUUAUUAAUAUCUCUUUGCUACUCUUUAUCAGUAAAAUAUACCUCAAAAUUAUGUUGAUAUUUGAAGCAAAAGCAUUUCCUACUGUAUUUGAUUACAUAUUUCCAGGAGUAUUUGUUUUCUUCCUACCGUUAAUCUGUUGCCAGUUGGGCUAUGUGAGGGCUGAGAAACACACAGUUCUAAAUUACUUAUGGCCUGUUCCAAGCAUACCUUUUGGUCUGUGUGUUAAUAGGUAAUCUUUUGGGCUUUGACUCUGUGAUGAGCAGGAGAAAGCCAAAACGUAGCUAUGAAAAAAUGCUUAAUAACAUUGAUAGUUGCAAAUAUUUCCAAAUGAGGGACGGCAUAUAGUAAUUUGUAAGCUAUGUGUAGAACUGGAAUAACACAAUUUCUUUCUUUUCUUUUCUUAUUCUAGACUAAAAAGGAAAAAAAAAACAAGUAUCUGUAUAAAUGUCACUUUUACUGUCUAAAAGUAAUUUUAAGUGUUAAUAUGAAAUGUCAGAAGAGUUGACAAAAUAUAACUAUUUGUACAAAUAACCUGAACUGUUACACUAACAUACUCCAGGGAUGAAGGUGGGAGAAGCCUUUGAAGUCAUUAAUGAUUCAGAAUGUGGCAGUGACAAUCUCUAUUCAACAAAAAAUAAGGAGUAAAAUUAAUGAAAAUUACUUAGAGCUACUUAAUAUUUUUUUAGUAGACCUGCAUUCCAAUUUGCCACUAUAGGAGCCAUUUUAAAUGAAAGUUUUCCAAUUUAGUACACAAAUGUACUCUGAAAAGGGUUUUUUUUCUGGUUUUGUUUGCUUAUUUGUUUUGGGGGAUUUUUAUUUUUUUUUUAAACUUCUAAGUCUUUUUUUGUGGUUGCAAAAAAUAUUUACUAUUCUGGUGAUGGUAAUGCCUAAUGUGACAAAUAUGAAUUUAUUUAGGCUGCAGUCUUGCAAGAAAUUUUGUGUGGCUGAACCCACCUCUCAUAUGGCACCCCACUGCCAAUGGGAGGCUACAGGAGUGGGAAGAUGGAUGUACUUUCAUAGGAAAGCUUGCAGGACUGGGCUUGUUUUCUAUCACUUCAUAGAUAUAUACAACAUAGUUACACAGUGACAGUCAUCUACAAAGCUGUUUGACAACAGUUCCUGGUAUAGUAAAUUCCACCUGCUGUCUUCAGCCUCUGCAUUGAUGUUCAUCCAAAAAAAAAAAACCAACUUUCUUUUUUAUGAUAAUUAUUUAUUUAAGUACAAAGCAUCAAACUGUAGUAUAAUAAUCAUGGCAUUUUUCUGUUUCCUAGAAUGGAUAAUGGAAAUGUAUUUGUGCCUUUUGAUAGCAUGCCACUCUGCUUUAUUAAAGAAAAAUCUUCAAUGAUUUGUCUACAAAGCCUGUUUAAAAUAUUUGAAAGCUUUACCAUUACAUACUUUUCUGCUCAAAUAUAUUCAAACACUGAUCUAAAUUAAACUGGAGAUAAUAUUCUCAAGUCCUGUAAAAAUUCUAAACAGAAGAUUUGUGAAAAUCUCUUGAGGACACAGUUCUGGUGAGGGUCAUAGUGGGUGCAUUACUGCUGAAAAUAUUCAGGUGAGCACAUGGUGGGUUGGGUGUUGUAGAAGUGUGUUGACCAAUUUGUCAAGUGGAGGAGUCAGAUAGAAAGUCUCCUUACUUCUGUUUAGGUACUUAGACCUAAAAUGUUAACAUCUUUUCUCAAAUCUGAAAGAUGAAGUGGAGAAUAUUCCUGCCAUUUUACCUCCGGAGUAAAACUGCCAUGAGUAUUUGUUGCACAGUCAUUUGUGGCCUCAUUGUCUCUGUAUAGGCUGUCACAGGAAGUAAGAUCUUUGUAUGUAGAGUAAUUCAUGUGUCUGUUGGAUGACAUUUACUCCUGAUUAAAAGGCCUCUGAAAAGACUAUUUGCUGAAAAAGCUCAAGAUUGAGCAAAAUUGAUUUAUGGGAGGGGGUUGCUGAAAGUACUGCAAGAGGGACCACCGUGGAAUCUGAGUCUCACUGGGCUUUAAGACAUGAACUGAAUUCAGUGGGUCCUGAAUGUAAUUCAUCCAUCUCAGCAAGGCUCUACAUGUCCUUGGCUGAUCAAGUCACUUUAUUGAAUUGGAUUUCUAGGUGUAAGUGGAACUUAAAUGUUUUGCCAGGGGUUUGCUCACAUUGGCACAGAGGAGGUUUUUCUGUCAGGAGUUUAUACCUAUCAGGAACCACUGAUAAAAACAUCACAGUUUUAUUACUGUGCACCUAGGAAUGGGAGAAAAAAGCAAACCCAUCUCUCUAAAUAAUCAAUUGUGAUUGGGAUACUUCUUAGGUGAAGAUGGAACAUUCCAAGAAGUGAUAUUUUUUACUUAAAUCCCUUUGUUUCAGACGCUUUUGCUGAUCAGUGAAAAGCUACCAUGGUUAAAUAAAUAUUGGGGGGGGAAAAAUCCACCCCAUUUUCCAGAUUUUCUCAUUUGGUUUCCUGGAGUAUGCAGUCCACUUGACAGCGGUUCAGUAGUGGUAGGAGGAAACCACUUACUGUGUUUGAACUGAUCCUCAGUAUUUCCACUACAUAUAUAAAUGUCUUCUUACAUGAUUUUAUUUGAGCCUGAGCCCAAAAGAAGCCUUUCUAUUACAAAUUUAGCUUUGAAUCAGGUUCUGAGAAAUAAUCAGUCUGCCUUUCUUCUUAAUAGGUAUUGCAAGCCUUGUGAUGUUUGACUUCCAAAUUUGAAUAUUUGCCAUUUUUAACCCAGAGAAGUGAUUUUUUUUUUUUUUUUUUUUUUUUUUUUUGCCAAAUUUCUAUUGGCAGUUUUUAAGUCACAGAUGAGAUUGGGAGUGGGCAAGAUGACCUGAUUCCGUGCUGACAGAAUUCAGGAAAGCCAUUGCCAGAGAGAACAGAGGGUUCUGAUGCUAGAAUUUUCUCUCCCUGACAGCGACAGGGGAAAUGGGGAGCUACUGAGGCAAGAGAGGCUGCUGGAGGACAUUGCCAAAAGGCAGGGUACUGCAGGCUGUGAAAAGCAGGGAAGGAACAUUAACCCUGUUACAUGCUUUAUCUCGACUGUGUAAGGCUACAUUUUUCAACCUAAAACGCAGGGUUGGGACAAGGGUAAACAAACCACCGGAGUCUCUGUAGAUCAGUGACACACCUAUACAGCAGUCAGACCCCCUCGGAAAAUACUUUUGUUGCUUGUGAUGUAGAGCUCUCACUAAGAAUUUUGAACUUUUUAGACAAAGUUUAAGAGAAAAUAAAUACUAAAGAGCUUUCCCACUACAAUGAGCACUUGGUAUGUAUUUGUAUGCUGUGUACAGUGUAAGCUAAAGCAUACCAUAUAUUAUUUUUGUUAUUUCGCACAUCAGCAGCCCACUUGUAGUAUAUACCACCUGAAUUCUAUAUUGAUGAGUUAGCUACCACUGGAGCUAGUUUGUUUAUUGUUUAAAACCCUUAUGUCCCUAUGAAAUGCUGUGUAUAUAUAUAUAUCUCUAUACUGUAAAAAGAAGUAAUAUCGCAGAUGCUGGUUUUGUAUUUAUGAAAGACAUUGAAAGUAUGGCUUAAAGUAUAUCAAUUAUUUGUCACUCUUCACCAUUUGUAUAUUAAUAGUAAAGAUACUUUUACUUUAA